AUGCGAGCACAAUUUCUUCAUCCAGUCCCGAGCCUAGUUCGACAAGCAGGCUGCGAGACCGGCGACCUGGCCUAUGAAAACGGAACGUACUGGACACCAAUGACGAAUGCUGCCGACUGGCCGACACUGGCAUUCUCCAACCCUUGCCUUAACGACAUUGCGCAAUUGAACACAUCCGUCAAGUACUGCCUCGCGCAGCUGACAAGUACACCGUGCAGGAUUGCGAUAUCGCCGCUGAUCAUGUACGCCGUGGUGGCCGCCAACGCGCUGAAGAUGGUAUGCCUUAUCUGCACAUGGUUCCUGGUCCAGCACCGGGCGAGGCACGAGGGGGAGGAACGGUUGGUGACCGAAGGGGACAUCAUCGCGAGUUACCUCCGCCAGCCAGAUCUGCGGUUCGCCGGUCCAUGUCUGGCAUCCAGUCGACUUGUACGGGGUCGUGGAAGGACUCAUGAACUAGAUUCAAGCACUGUCAAUUUCUGGGACCUGGACAAGCCAAUUGCUAUGCCAUGGAUGGGCGGAGGGGCAAGCAAACCUCGAGAGCCUUUGCCGAAUCCCGUGACUUUAGAACCGGAGACGAAGCCAUUUGACUUUUUUCCAUUAGGCCGCGUCCCGGCAGACUCUGUCGAUCAGGCAGACGCAAACCCAAGAAGACAGCUCCCCGCUGGCUACUCGCCUGCGCCGAUCUUGGCCGUGCUCGGUCUUCUGGUUGUGUUGGUGGUAGGUGUCGGGGUCAUGGGCUGGGUGAGGCGGUACGACGGUGCUGAGCAUAUGCCUCUCGUCGCGGCUUGUAGCACCAGUCUGGCUGCUGCGACGUGUCCUCUUUCAUCGAAACCACCUUCAUACACCUACUCCUACUCCGGGGAAACCGGACCCCAGCUCUCCAUGGAUGGCGACGGUAGCCGCGUAAGGGAGGACGAUACUAUCAGUAGCAAGCUUCCUAAGACCUCUUCUGUGAGAGAACGGUUCGACGAAGGUCUGUCGGAGCAAGGGCUCCUGUGGGGAGUGGUCGACCAUGGGGACGGCAUCGGGCGGCAUGCUACCCCUUCCCAGGAACCAGUAGGCACUUUAUCAGUCGGGGCGCUGUAUUCAUAG